UCUUGUUCGUAUAUAAACUUGAGGGGCUUGUUGUCUUCUUCCUUUGUUCCCAACAAAAUUUCAGGAGCUUAACCCUCUGAAUUCGACUGACCAAAUUUUCCGGAAAGGUUAAAACUUUGAACGGAUUCAGGAGCCUUUCUGUCCGUCUUUUGAUUUCAAUCUCUCAGAUUCUGCGAGUUUCGUCUUCUUCUAUUGGAAGAAUGGAUGUAAAAGUAGCCUCUUUUCAUUGGUCAGGACGCCAUGCGGCGAUCCCUCACCGUCCGUCUCUCUCGCAAAACUUAACCUCUUCAAAACGUCGUCGUUCUCGGGGAAGAGGCGGAGAUGUAUCUGUCCUAGGAGGAGGAGGAUCUUUAUCAUGCCAAACGAGAUUGAAAGCUUCCGCUUUUUUCGGUGGGAAACUCCACCGAUCCAAAUCUUGUGAGCUUUUGGAAUUCUCCACGAAGAAGAAGCUUUAUCCUCUCCGGAGAGUUUGCAGCGCGAGCUCCGGUUUCUUCUCCGACGAAGAAUUCUCGGCGAAGAUGCAAGAAUUAGCCCUACAAUUCAAGAUUGCAGGCGAAGAAGAAGACCUGGUGACAAACAAAGAUCGUAGGAACCACAGAUUCGGCAAUGUGAAGCUACUACUACAUGAGUCCGUUCCAGGUUUAGCUUCUUUGGAAGCUCCCUGGAUGGAGAUGGUUAGCCACUCGAGCAUUGAGCGGAAAGCAAACAGUGUUGAUUUGCCUCUCUCCCUUAGAAUGAUUAAGAGGAAGCUACAAGAAGAGGCGCUUAGAGAAGCUAGAGAGUCUACUUAUUGUUCUAUCGACAAAGCCUUCUCUUCUAUGGUCUUCAUGAUCGAGGAGAUGCACAGCUUUGCGUUGCAGACUAGGGAGGGUGUUCUUAAGCAGGUUAAAAAGGAUAUGCACGCUUCAUUGCUGUGGAUGUUCCAGCGCGUGUUCUCUCAAACACCUACUUUGAUGGUUUAUGUAAUGAUCCUAUUGGCGAACUUCACUGUGCAUUCAAUUGCAUCGAAUCUAGCUAUUGCAGAAUCACCCCCAGGCUCUGCUGGGACAAAGGAAGCAGGCCAAGAUCAUAUGGGUUUAGGGCAUGUAGUGAAUGGCACUGUUGACAAGAUGUUCCACUUAUCUACACAAGGAGACUCAGUUUUAGGACAAGGGAUAAGAGAAAAGGAGCUGAGUCUGUGGAAUUCGAUGGUGGAAGAAGCUGAUCAAAUGCAAGGUUCCCCUGUGGAUCUUGACAUGAGGCUGAGACUUGUUUCGCCCAUCAUUGCAAGGGUUGCAUUGGACGAUGAUGCCAGUUACACAAGAACAGAGCUUUUAUACAAGAUAGGUUUGGCUCAAGAACCGAACAACACUCUUCUCCUAGCUAACUACGCUCAGUUCCUUUACCUCGUCUCUCAAGACUACGACAGAGCGGAGAAGUGUUUCAAGAAAGCCAUUGAGUCAGGAGAAGCAGACGCGGAAGCGUACAGCAAAUACGCCAUCUUCCAGUGGAAAGUUAGGAAGGAUCUAUGGGCGGCUGAGGAGAACUUUCUAGAAGCUAUAUCUGCAGACCCUACUAACUCCUUCUACGCAGCCAGCUACGCUAACUUCCUCUGGCAAACCGGUGGUGAAGAAACAUGUUUCCCGUUAGAAUCUUCUGAUUCUCCUCAUGAAAUCGCUUGAGAGAUGGCAGUGAGUGAAUGUUGGGAUUUGUUAGCAGCAAAUCUGCUGUAAAAGAGAUAGUGACAGAAAUUAGAUAGACGAUAGAAGCAAAGAGGAAUAUGUGAGUAGUGUUUUUGAGUGAAUCAUGCUAAUUAAACAUUGCUCCUCUUUGCUUCUGUGUUUGUUUUAUUCUGCAUUUUUUUUACCACGUAGAAGUCAUUACGGUGGCAGAGUCCACAAUCAUUGGUCCACUGAUACUGGAUGGGAGUGUGGACCAAUAAGAACAUGUGUAGAUACAAAUAGCUAAUAAUCACUGAGCAUUGCGUUUUCCGUUUUUACC